CACAAAUCGAUGUACUGGCAUCCUGAGCGCAAUUGUUACUGGGUCAGGUUAAUUACGCAAUUAACCCUUCACACUGCCACCACCUCCUUUUUGUACAGAGAAAAAGGAAACUGCGAUAUCAGCAAAAACACUAGGAUGGGUUAUACGAUCGUCUGUACACCACUGUCACUGCAGACAGGUUAUACAGAUGGUUAAACACACAUAGUAGUGCUCUUCAGUGGCAGGAAUUCCUAAGUUGCAUUAACGAGCUAUAGAAACAGUUCAGCACUUUCAGAAAGAAAGAUUUAUUACUAAAAGGUCAAAAGGGUGCAAUAAAAAUAUUUACAGAAAAAAGAUGUAA